CUGCCAAACAAAAGUUAGAGAGAAGAGCAGCCAGUUGGCUUCAUUUAUUUAUUUAUUUUAUUUAUUUUUGGUUGUGCUUCUUCUGCUAUUAAAAAGGCAUGGCUGCAUUUUUAAGGAAUCCCAAAGUCCUUGGAGCUGCAGCUCUUGGUGCAGGAACACUGUUAGUUACUAGUCACUUCAUGAGAGGGGAGGCUGGAUCUGCUGCUGGCAAGUCUGGUGAUGUGUCAAGGGCUUACAAACUCUUUCCUGCAAGUGCUGAUUAUCCUGAUCUCUCCAAACACAACAACGUCAUGGCCAGCAACCUCACACCACAGAUUUAUGCUCGCUUGCGUGACUUGAAGACACCUAGUGGCUACACACUAGAUCAGUGUAUUCAAACUGGUGUUGAUAAUCCUGGACAUCCUUUCAUUAAAACUGUUGGCAUGGUUGCAGGAGAUGAGGAGUCCUACCAGGUUUUUGCUGAUCUCUUUGACCCUGUCAUUGAUGAGCGUCAUGGCGGCUAUUCAAAGAAUGCCACUCACCCAACAGAUCUGGAUUCUUCAAAAAUCAGGGGAGGUAUGUUUGAUGAAAAGUACGUACUUUCGUCUCGUGUCCGUACUGGCCGUAGCAUUCGUGGGCUCAGCCUGCCACCAGCAUGCACUAGGGCUGAGAGGAGAGAAGUUGAAAAGAUUGUGACUAAUGCUCUAGCUAAUCUUGGAGGAGAGUUUACUGGAAAAUAUUAUCCACUUUCUAAAAUGACAGAAGCAGAACAAGACCAACUGAUCAAUGAUCACUUCUUGUUUGAUAAACCAGUGUCUCCUUUACUCCUUGCUUCUGGUAUGGCAAGAGACUGGCCAGAUGCCAGAGGAAUAUGGCACAAUGAUAAGAAGAACUUUCUAGUGUGGAUUAAUGAGGAGGAUCACACUCGCGUCAUCUCUAUGGAAAAAGGUGGAAACAUGAGACGUGUUUUUGACAGGUUCUGCACUGGAUUAAAGAAAGUUGAGGACGUCAUAAAGAAAGACAACAGGGAGUUCAUGUGGAACUCACAUUUGGGAUACAUACUGACCUGCCCAUCCAACCUUGGUACAGGACUGAGAGCUGGUGUCCACAUUAAAAUACCUAAACUAUCCAAACACUCAAUGUUUAGCGAGAUACUUGAGAGAAUGAGGCUACAGAAGAGAGGGACUGGAGGUGUGGACACUAAAGCUGAAGGAGGUACUUUUGAUAUUUCUAACUCAGACCGUCUUGGAUUCUCUGAGGUGCAGCUGGUACAAACACUUAUUGAUGGAGUGGAGCUACUCAUUGAAAUGGAGAAACUCCUGGAGAGAGGGAACUCCAUUGACCAUCUUAUACCAAAGAAGAAGUGAAGACUAUAAACAAACAAAACUAUAAACAAACAAUACUAUUAUAAACAUUGUUUAUGCAUUGUCAGUUGUUGUUGAUUGAGCUAACACCCACGCAUAAUCUCA